UUUACCAGCCACGAAAUACGUUCAUUUUAGCCUAUACUACAAACACGCAGGACAUAUUCAGCCAUACCAACAGUUUCUCUGAAAUAUCAGUCAUCUUAAAAGCCCUGCCGGAAUUAUUUAAGUCUUAACGUAUUGUUAUAAACGAAUCUCAAAUAAACCUAAGUGAUAUCACAACCACGUCACGUCACAAUCUACGAUGUUUAAGAAAUAUUCCCGACAUCGACGGUUCAUAAAACUUGGUACGGUAAAAAUAUAACUUGUCUUCUUGUUGUUUGUUACGGUGUCGUGUCUAAUAUUGACAUAGUGUAUGAAUUUAAUCCGGAUACAAUUAUGGAGGAAACACAAACGAGGCGACAUUUCUUCCUCACCGGGAAAACCUUCAGUGGUUGAGUCUCUACGGUUCUCAUCGCGUGUAUAAGGACAGCCCACUGGCGCACCAAGGACAACUUUUUGAUCCGACCCUCGAAUCAUACCAACCGAAGAAGAUGGCUGAACUUGCUCCUGCUGCUGCCCCCGCUGCCGCUGCCGCCGCCCCGGCGAAAGCAACGAAGAAGAAGACGGUGGUGAAGGCUAAGAAGGCCGGACCCAGCGUGAGCGAGCUGAUCGUCAAGGCGGUCACUGCUUCCAAAGAGCGCAGCGGAGUUUCCGUGCACUCUCUGAAGAAGGCUCUGGCCGCCGACGGCUACGACGUUGACAAGAACAACUCCCGCGUCAACACCACCAUCAAAGCACUCGUCAAGAAAGAAAUCCUGGUCCAGACCAAGGGCGCCGGUGCAUCUGGGUCUUUCAAGCUGAACAAGGAGGCCAAGGCGAAGAAGCCAGCAGCCAAAAAGGCUGCCGCCCCAAAAGCUAAGAAGCCCGCUGCAAAGAAGCCCGUUGCAAAGAAACCCGCCGCCGUAAAGAAGGCUACACCGAAGAAGAGCAAGAAACCCGCAGCCAAGAAGGCUGCUGCCGCAAAGCCCGCUGCCGCUAAGAAAGUAACUCCGAAAAAGGCGAAAAAGCCAGUCGCAGCUAAGAAGUUGGUGGUGAAGACCCCCAAGAAGGCAGCGAAGAGCCCCAAAAAGGCUGCCAAACCAGCCAAGAAGACGCCAGUGAAGAAGGUGACCAAACCCAAAACCGCUAAAAAGGCAGCCCCAAAGAAGAAGUAGAUGUUCCCGCAUGGGUUAUGUUGAACCCCAGCCCCACAAAGGCUCUUUUAAGAGCCAACCACACAACUUUAAGAGCCUUUAUUCUUGUUAAUUCUAAGACGUUUGUUAUAUGCUCUUCAUCUAAUGCACUACCUCAUGAAUCGACCUUAUCUUCUGUUAUGUAGUGUAUCUACUUGAGAUCCAAUGUUACUUUAUUGGUAUUUACUAUACUAAAUAGCCUACAUAGUUCAUGUAUGAUAGCUGCCAACUACUUACUGUGUAACAAAACACGUAGGCCUAGUUAUCCUGCAUAAUUAAUAUUAAUCUAGUCGUUCUUAUUCGAAAAGUAAAACGCGGGAAUGGCAAAGGUCGUUUAUUUUAUGCCGCAGUCCCACGUUUUGACAAAAGGAGACUCGCUGAGUGGUAACGUGGUUCAACCAACACCAUCUCGUCGUCAUAACAGGAGUUGACAUCUCGUGAUGGAGAUGUAUACAACCGUACAUUUAUAUACUAUCCCUACAUAAAGGUCCGUCUCAACAUUUGAAUAUUGUGGAUAGUUCAUUAAAUUCAAUUUAGUGAAGUUCGUCAUAGACCUAUUGCAUUCAGUGAUUUUCCGACCUCACGUUUGCAUUAUACUACUGACGCACCUAUGUUUAAAAACUCAUUCAGAA